AUGAGGAGGGUUUUCGGCGUCAAGAAAGACAAAGAACCGCCUCCGUCUAUCCAAGAUGCCUCCGAAAGAAUUAAUAAAAGGGGCGAUUCAGUGGAUGAAAAGAUAAAGAAGCUUGAUGCUGAACUCAGUAGAUAUAAGGAGCAGAUCAAGAAAACAAGGCCCGGUCCAGCUCAAGAAGCUGUUAAAGCUCGAGCGAUGAGAGUACUAAAGCAAAAACGAAUGUAUGAAGGACAACGUGACAUGCUGUACAAUCAGACCUUUAACUUAGACCAAGUUGCAUUUGCCUCGGAGGGAAUUAAAGAUGCUCAACAAACGAUGUCGGCCUUGAAAUCUGCCAACAAGGAGUUGAAAGGAAUGAUGAAAACAGUGAGGAUACAGGACAUAGAUAACUUACAAGAUGAAAUGAUGGAUCUGAUGGAUGUGAGCAAUGAAAUUCAAGAGACUCUUGGUAGGAGCUAUAAUGUACCUGAUGACAUUGACGAGGAUGAACUCUUGGGCGAGCUGGAUGCCUUGGAAGCAGACAUGGGAUUUGAAACUGAGACUGAUGGGGUUCCAUCAUAUCUCCAGCCCGAUAAGGAAUCCGAUUUAGAAGGAGAGCUCAACUUGCCUUCAGCUCCUACAGGGCAUGCAGCCGUUCCUGCGGGCAGAACCAAUGCACAGGCUGAGGAUGAACUGGGUUUACCCGCUGUUCCUCGUGCAUCCCUUCGAGGCUAAACGUUACACUUGUCUCAUCUGAUCAUCGUUUCUUGGAGCUGUUGGAGGGAACCUUUUACAUGGUUGUGCAGAGCUUGCAUUUGAUUUAUAUAUAUUUAAAUAGAUUGUCAUUCAUCUGUGGUUAUAUUCACUCCAACAUGUAUUUGGAAUUGUUCAUCCAGGCAGUCUGCAUUCUUUGGCUAUGCAAGAUCAAACUAUAUAUAUAUAUAGGCACAUUCUUGGUACCGUUCUUUUCUGUCCGUUGACAUUUCAUUAAUUAUAUGCCACAUGAAUUUAUACUCUA